UCAGUCCCCGGAUGGUUUUCGAUCGGUUAACAACACAACAUUGCCCGCUGCAUUGAACGGAACUGUUUGGUGUUUGGUUCUCGAUUCGUUAUCUUCAAACCGGCUUCCGAGUACGAGGUUUUCCUUUUCUGAUCCGUGUUCGACCCAGUCAGUCGGAGUGUGUUUAGUCAGAACGGAACGAGAAGCAUAUCUAUAGCAUAGAGCAUAGAAGCUUAAACAGAGGAUUCAUUGAUGUUUUUUUUUUGCUAUUAUCUGUUAGCUUAACAUGACACGAAGUUGUCCGGAUUAUCUGGGUGCUGGAACUAACUAGUCGAUCAAAAUUGAGUAAUAAUAGGGAGAUCGCUAUCGGUACAUGAUUAUUGGUGAAGAAACAGAGAAAAGCAAAGUUCUUGCGCGAGGAAGACUUCAAGCCGGGUUUGUCGCCUGUUCGUCGUUUGCUCGCCCGUUGAGGUCACCGGGUUUGAAAAUUCAUAAACGUGGGCGGAACAAGUGGGUUAUUGCGUGAAAAUUUACCGCUUCGCGAAAUUGCGGGUGUCUGGCGGAAUAAAAGUGCUACCGUAUUAUUGUUCGGGAUUCCUUCUCUAGGUCGAAUCGAAACAACCGGGAGCAGCGGAAAAACUACAGCUAAGUCGAAAGAAGAAAUUUGAAAAAAAAACCGUCAAUGAUGAAUUAUGAGCAGAGAAGAAGCAUUCUGGUUCAAUAAGCGUCCGGCGUUCGGUGAACUGCACAUAUACCGGGGAAAAUUAUAAUGAUAAUAAUGCUUUUGGCCGUGAAAUUGAGUUGAAUUACCUCUGCAGGCCAAGUGGUGGAUUCUUUGCUUUUUUUCUCGAAAUUUUCCUAUGUCAGUGAUUCCGAGAGAAGAAAUUGAAAAAUUGCGUGUGUAGCGAGCGAUAAUUCGUGUGUGAGGCUAUCGGCUUCGAGUUUUGACGCCAUCGCAGUGUCGAUCCAUUAGUUGUGAAUUGAGAAAAUUCCGAAAAAAAAUUACAGUUGCCAAGUGGCCAAAUUGAAAAAAAUAAGCAUUCCAAGAUUAGGUAGUGUUGUUGACCGUUAAGGUGAAGAUUUUUCGGAUCGAAGCACGAUGUUCUUGAACGGUUUAAAGAUGUCCAAAAGAAAUUCAGCAGAUGGUACCGCCAAAUUCCAGAGGCAGCAUUCGAGGAUGAUGAUAACGGUUGGCAGCAUGCUGAUGCCCCUGCUGGUUCUGGUCCUUUGUAGCGGUUUGACUGCUGAAGUUUCCGGCCAGGAGAGUGAUGUUUCUGAUGUACGAUAUCUAAGCGGCGAGCCGGACUAUAAAUCGGUCAAUCUCACCUGGGAAGUGGGAGCGCUGGAAGCGGACGAAGCUGAAGAAGCCGGCUCGAAACGGAAGCCUUCGGCAGCCAAAGGUCGUCGCGGCCGGGCGUCCCGAUCGUUCAAUGUGUACUACUGCGAGCUGCAGAGCUGGGGCCCGCAUCGCUGUCGCUCCAAGGUUCUGACCGAUGAUUCUGAAAGUAGUGGAAGCAGCAAGCAGUACACGAUGACGGUGAAGAACCUCCGGAUGGCGACGAAAUAUUCGUUCCAUGUGAAAACGCAGCCCCGGCGGGGUGACCAGAAGGCGAGUGGCCGGGCGGAGGAGGAGUUUGAUGUGAAUGCCGUUGCCCCCGGACAGACGGUUAUCAUACCGACCAAAGGAUUUUCGGCCCACGCCACCCAGUGUCUUCCGCACGCAUCGGAAAUCGAAGUCCAAACGGGCCCAUACUUCGGGGGUCGCAUCGGUUCGGAGAAUGGGGUCUGCGGCAUCCAGGGUGAUCAGAACAGCCCCCAGGAGAGCUACAUCAUGCGCAUCGAUCACGACGAGUGCGGCAGCCGGGUCAAUCCGGCCGACUUGACGGUCGAAUCGUAUAUUACGGUUCAGGAGAAUUUGGGAAUUUUGACGCAUAGUACGAGAAGGUUUGUGGUUGUGUGUACUUUCCAGCCGGAUACGCUGACUGUGAGGGCUAGGCUGGCGUUGCCUGGUAAGGGGAAGGGAGGAGCUGCACCGGUUCCCAUGAGCGAAUGGUGGCCGACAGGUGCUUCCGGUAGAAAUGGGAGGGUGAGGCAGUUUAAGAUGGUCGAUAAGACGAGCUUGGUGUUGAAGGGAUCGGAUGAGGAGGAGGUGGAAGAUAUUUUGCCUGCCACAGUGAAGGAAGUUGAGAAGAGUCAGUUUGAGGCAGGUCUACCGGAAGAAGAUGGAAAGGAUGAGGUGGUUCAGGGAUCUUCGGAGAAAGCUGUUUUGAGUUCUAAGGAGAAUGAGGUUGCCGAAAGUAAAACUGUAAGGAAACGAACUGAUAAGGGUGAAGCUUUGAGGGAUGCUAAAUUCGCAAGGUUAUUUGAGAGUAAACUGGCGCCGGGAGUUGAAAAAGAUUCGGGCGUCAGUGAACUGACUACCGGGAUUGGUGCUGAGGAGCAGUUUAGCGCACGAUCGAUUGAGGGCGGGAGCGAUCGCUCGAUGGAUCUGCCCAGUUUGUUCAUAUCGGCUAGUUUGGCUGUGAUUAUGAUCGGUGCGUUCAUCUAUGUGCUGCAGAAGGAGUACAAAAAGCAGCGAAUUAUCCAGCAGCACCACCAACAGAUGCAGAGACCUCCUCCGAACCGGAUGGCAAGCUUCUAACGGCGAGGAGCGAACAGCAGGGAUCUUGUGGUAUCUUUCUACGAAUUUAGUGAUACAACCUGUGUAGGUGCGUAGGCGGAUAAGAACACUACUUAUAUUUUAUUCGAAAUAACCACGACUGGUUAACAGUAAGUUUUAGAUUUUACAACUAAACUAACUGCUUGAUGUGUCUGUCCUUCACGAAAGUUAUGCUCUCUUGUUUUUAUUGAUCUGUUUGUCCGAUGAGAGGUGAUUUUCUCAUGUUUUCGGAAGCACUUUAUUGGCUCACAUUUUAGAACAUUUCGAGUUCUUAUUAGGUUAAAAUCGAAAGGUUUGAUUUUGAUCUGAUUUUGUGAGAGGAAUGUUGAUAACAUCCGUUGCAGGUCGUAUUUGAAUAAAAAUAAAAUUGAUCAUAAUUUGACAUAAGAAUUUUCAAACAAUUUUCUAAGUUUAGAUGUAUUUUAAAUUUGACUUCAAAUUUCGAAAUUUUAUUAACUAAAUCGUAAAAAGAUCGUGAGUAUAGUUGAAAAUCUGAUAAAGAAUUUAAGCAACAAUAUCACUCAAAAAAGCGAAGUGGACAAACACUCAAUAUCUCUAAAAUGAUUGAGCAUAAAUCUAUUAGCGUCCCUUACAGUAGCGUAAUCGAUAAUCAAUAUAAUAUAUAUGCCCCUAAUAUUUAGACCAAAUGUACAAAAUUCUACUUUUCUGUGCAAGUUCAACACUAGACUAUUCCAAUACUUAUAUGCUUGCCUAAUAGACAAUCGAAUUUGAUAUAAAGCCCGAUAGCUAUUCGUUCAAUGAAGAAUUUAGUAAGGUACCUCAUCACUCAUCCAAAAAAAAAAAAACAAACCUUAAGAUGCACCUUCAUCAAUAAGAAUCAUUUGCCUUCUCCAAGACUUUUUAGUCCGUAAGAAAUAUUCUCAUAUAGAUUAAUCUCAACCAUCCGAAACAUCACCAUCAUCGUCAUCAUCAAAAUCAUCACCAUCAUCAUCGUCGCUUUAGUUCGAAUUAUUUAAGUAAGCUUAUCGUGCUAGAUUGUAAGUGUGCGCUGUGUUAUCGAACAAUAAAACUGAGCACCUCUGGCUUUUUAGUCUACCAUUUUAAACGAAA